CUGACCUUGCUAUCUCAGAUCUUCCAUGCACGAUCAGGCAUGCCUCACGAGAUCAUGGGCAUGAUGCAGGGCAAGGUCAUGAACCAUGCGCUCGUCAUCAUCGACUCGUUCGCACUGCCUGUACAAGGGACAGAGACACGCGUCAAUGCAGCCAACGAGGCAAACGAAUACAUGGUGCAGUAUAUUCAGGCGAGUCUAGGCUCGUACCUCUUACAAUACUGUGCCUCCUUGCAGGUAGGGCGUUUGGAAAACGCGGUUGGAUGGUACCACUCGCAUCCCAGCUAUGGCUGCUGGUUGUCUGGCAUUGACGUCAACACCCAGAUGAUGAGCCAGAAGUUUCAGGGUCCUUUCAUCGCGGUUGUCAUCGAUCCUAACCGCACAAUCUCUGCUGGCAAGGUCGAUAUUGGUGCAUUCCGGAUGUAUCUGGAG